AUGGCAAAUACAAAUGAGCGUGAUCAAACACGGGACAAAAUUGCGCAGCAACUUUCCCCUACUCCCUUCGCUUGCUCCUCGCUCACGCGCCUGUCCGGAGGUACAGCCAACUUUGUCUAUCGAGGCAUACUGUCCUCAACUAGACAGUCUAUCAUCAUCAAGCACACCAAAGAUCACUCGGCCUCUAACCCAAAUUUCAAAAUCGAUAUCACGAGAUGCCACUUCGAGGAAGCCAUUCUUCGAGCUCUCGAUGGCCUAUCAAUGUGUAUAAGUGGUAAAAUAACCGUUAAAUCACCGCGCCUAUUGGACUUCAAUCGGGACACAGACACCCAGGUGGUCGAAGAUCUUCCCAAUUCAAUCGAUCUUAAGAACUUCCUACUUUCAGAGGUUUCUCGUGACUUGCCCGAAUCCUUAGGGCGAGACCUAGGCAGCGCCCUUGGAUCCUGGUUAAGAUCGUUUCAUCUUUGGACGACCGAGGAACAGCACACAAAAAAGAUUGGCGCGAAUAAAGUGAUGAAAGAUUUGAAGUUCUGGGUGAACUACACUCUACUUCUGGACACCAUUGAAAGUUUCCCCGGUAUUUUAGAGGAGUAUCGUGAUAUUUUUGAGAAAAUUCGUGACCUCGCUGCGACCGAGCUUGAGCGAACGAGCCAUGAUGAUGGAUAUGGCAUUAUUCACGGUGACUUCUGGACUGGGAAUGUUCUUCUUCCAAACGUUCCUCUCAGUCAUCAGUCUGAGACGACUAUGUUCGUUGUCGAUUGGGAGAUGUCGCAGAUUGGAAGCCGUGCACUAGACUUGGGCCAAAUGAUUGCUGAGCUGUAUGAAACCAAGCUGUUUAAGAAUGUGGACGGUGGAGUGUGGAUGAUUCAAGGGUUCUUGGAUGGAUAUGGGCCCCUUAACGAUGAAAUGGCAUUCCGCACUGCGAUUCACGUUGGUGUGCACCUGAUUUCCUUGGGAAGCAGAGUCCCUGGAUGGGGCAGUCAGAAGCAAAUUGAGGAGGUGGUGAAGGUAGGAAGAGAUUUGAUCGUCCACGGCUGGAGAAAAGAUAAGGUCUGGUUCACAAAAGGCACUCUUAGCUGCCUGUUCACAGUUUGA